AUGCACAAUGCCGUAUUGGAUGUUGUGCUAACGUGCCUUGCGGAGAAGGUGCCUACAUGCCAGGCGUAUGCACGUAUUGUCGAAGCCGCGCGUGCGAAAGGCGGUCUUGCCGUGUUACAGGCAGAACUUACAGACGUCCUGGUGACCAUGGCAUUUGCAUCGAAACCCAUGCCUCCCCUCUUACUAGACUAUCUGGAUGCCUUGUGCAUGAAAUGUGCCUAUGAUACCGAUGUGACAGCAUUCGAAGAAGGGCGUGUUCUCUUGGUCCUUCUUAGAAAAUUGCCCGACGCAGCGCAGGAUGUCGACCAAGCUACUGUUAAUAUGCUCAGCCAGCUUGUCUUACAAGCCGCUGGUGACCCAACUAUGUCAGACACUGUAUCAUUAUCUUAUUUCAUUGAAGGAUUUGACAACGAUUUCCUUGCUUUCUGGCGUGCCACCUUGCACCUUGUGCGCGAUGCGGACGGCGCAGGCGCCCGUCUAUUUACUCGGCUUGUAGCACAGGCAGCGCGUGAUGGGUGGCCUACACUUGACGAAAGUCCGGCCCUCGAAAACAUCCAAGAGGAGAUACAGCAACUCGCUGCUUCUGUGGAUGCGAUGCACACCAAUCGUCCUACAAGUGAUGGUGACGCGACGCGGCAUGCUGUAGCGACAUUGCAGCGUGGAUUGUCAUCUACCAUGGUGGACGAUCUCUUUGACGAGACAAAUGUAUCCGUAUCAUCACCGAUACAGCCAUUAUGGGGAACUAGGGCCUAUUUAGCGUAUGCUACGUCCUUGCAUGUUGCAUGGCAGCAAUCGCAAGGCGCGCAAACACGCCGACCUGUCUUGCCUGUGCCAUGUUCGCCCGAACCAGAAAUGUUCCUUCUUGCACACACCUUGGCAAAUGGUGAUAUGGACUGGACACAGAAAUGCCUUGCCGUGCAAGGCGUAUUUCAAGCCCAUCUGCAUCACGCGGCGGAACCGGCCUCCGAUUUAUGUUGUGCCUUCCUAUUGGAGCUCUUUGUUGCAUGCAUUCACACAGCGAUGGAAGCCCUGCAACAUGAAGCAUCCCGACGAAACGCUCGUUGGUGGCGUGCAGUUGUCAGUGGAUUGCUUCCCCCGCUUUCUGUAUUCCUUAUGGCCAAUGUGCCUGCUACGAAUGAAAGCACACUGACAUGGCAUGAAGUCAUGCAUGCACUUUUUGCACUAUGCCAAAGUGUGCAAACUUGGUCUGAUAUGGACGCUCCUCUUACAGAGCCAAGUCCUUCUGUGAUGUCACAACUUCCUGGAAUAUGGGAAGCCUGGAUGAUGUCGUUUACCCCGUCAUCAGCCACGACUACACCUCCCUGGAGGGGGGUGCAUGCUGAUGAUGUGAUGCCACUUGCCUCAUCACAUGUGCAAACAUACAUGUCGCAUGUACAGUCAUGUCUCACUGAUAAACCGGCACAGCUUGGUCCACUGUUUGAGCAGGCCCUCCAUGAUCCAUCUCUGCAGGCUGUGCUUAUGAUGGAGACUCGGCGUAUCUUACAACAGUGGUCGGAGAGCCACUCCGCUGAUAUGUCACGCGUGGCCGUGAUAUGUCAUGCAAUAGAGGAACAUUCGCCUGAGCUGAUGGAUAUCCUAUCUCUCUACAUGAAGCCUCGCGUGGUAUGUGAGGCCCUGGAAAUUGUACUCUCACAUAUGCAUGACUCUCUAUGGCAGAAUGCGAGUGACCUCGAGACAGUAACUCAAGUGAUCAUUCUCCUGGAAGGCGUUUCAUUGCUAAGUACUCCCUGCAUGUCAUAUGUUGGUGAGGCACGCGUAUUCUACUCCAUGCCAACACCACUACUUGAUGUGCCUUCUCUUCCCAAUCCCAUGCAUGACCUGUUGGUCCGUUGGUGCCAGGCCAUGACAAGCGCACAUGGGAUCUCUGAUACAUUAUUGAGCGCUUCGCCGCCUUGGACCUUGUACCGUCUUGCACCUACCCUCGUGUCCCAUCUCCUCGAUGGCUACCGUCAUGGAUACUUCGACAAACAAGCGCUUGCCUCUGCCUUGUCAUACUUCACACAGGCGCCAUUACGGUAUGCCUUGCCCAAUGCGCUGCACUGGCUCAUUACCUAUACGCAACAGACGAUGGCGCGUGCGCAGUACGCUCCAAAAAUGAGCUCCGAUGUGUCUCUCUGCCUGGAACUCCUGCAUAUGCUUACUCGUGCUGAAGGCUGUACUACCUUGAUACGCUCCAUGAUCUCUGCGCCUCUUCGCGCCAUGUUGCAGCACGAACGCAUUGCUGCUAUAGCCUCGCAGACAGGACUGCAAGUACCAACGUGGAGCGAAUCGCUACCUACCAACUGGAAUUCGUACAAGCCUACGAAGUACAGUCUUGCAAUGAUGCUGCGCACUGCAUGCGACCUACCGCCCUCGUCGACGUUACCACAAACGAUUGAAACCCUUUGUGUUGCGCCCAAAAGGCCACGCGAACUUGCUUCGCAGUUGUUCUCGGCUGCACUAUGUACUGCCUCUGAUGAUGCGACGAAAUCCAAGCUACUGGCAGCGACAUUUGCGCUGGUCCGUUUCGAUCCAUUAUGUGCCUUACCAUUGUCGGUGGUGCGAAUGGCACUGCUACAUUGGGACAUGUCUCUUGCCACGCCUGAGCAAAUGCGGCAUGUAGGACGAAUUCUGGUCCUUAGUGCUGCUCUUGCUAAGCAUCUACCUGGCGGCCCUGAUGGUGUUCAAGGUCUCAUCGACGACCUCGCUGCCUUCUCUAUUGAGCCAUUGGUUCAUGUGCUUCGUCUUGAAGUUGUAUAG